AUGGCCGAGAAGCGGAGGGGCUCGCCGUGCAGCAUGUUAAGCCUUAAAGCACACGCCUUCUCCGUGGAGGCGCUGAUCGGCGCCGAGAAGCAGCAACAGCUUCAGAAGAAGCGGCGGAAGCUGGGCGCGGAAGAGGCGGCCGGGGCCGUAGAUGACGGAGGCUGCAGCCGCGGCGGCGAAAAGGGCUCUUCGGAAGGAGACGAAGGCGCCGCGCUCCCGCCGCCGGCUGGGGCGGCAUCCGGGCCCGCCCGGGGCUGCGCGGACCUGGAGCUGAGCUGCGGCUCCCGUGGAGCCGCGGGAGGCUGUGAGGAUGGCUUCCUGCAGGGCGCUUCCCCACUGGCGUCCCCGGGAGGCUCCCGGAAGGGCUCCCCGGUGCCCGCCCUGGCCAGGCCCGGGACCCCGCUGCCAUCACCGCAGGCCCCGCGGGUGGAUCUUCAGGGAGCUGAGCUCUGGAAGCGCUUUCACGAGAUCGGCACGGAGAUGAUCAUCACCAAGGCGGGCAGGCGCAUGUUUCCAGCAAUGAGAGUGAAGAUCUCAGGAUUAGACCCUCAUCAGCAGUAUUAUAUUGCCAUGGAUAUUGUGCCAGUGGACAACAAAAGAUACAGAUAUGUCUACCACAGCUCUAAGUGGAUGGUGGCGGGAAACGCAGACUCCCCUGUGCCACCCCGGGUGUAUAUCCAUCCAGACUCGCCUGCCUCAGGAGAGACUUGGAUGAGACAAGUGAUCAGCUUCGACAAGCUAAAGCUCACCAACAAUGAACUGGAUGACCAAGGCCAUAUUAUUCUUCAUUCUAUGCACAAAUACCAACCACGCGUCCAUGUCAUCCGUAAAGACUGUGGCGAUGAUCUUUCUCCUAUCAAGCCUGUGCCAUCUGGUGAGGGAGUGAAAGCAUUCUCCUUUCCAGAAACUGUCUUCACAACUGUCACGGCCUAUCAGAAUCAGCAGAUUACUCGCUUGAAGAUAGAUAGGAAUCCAUUUGCCAAAGGUUUCCGCGACUCUGGGCGUAACAGAAUGGGUUUGGAAGCCCUCGUGGAGUCAUAUGCCUUCUGGAGACCUUCACUACGGACUCUCACCUUUGAAGAUAUUCCUGGAAUUCCCAAGCAAGGAAAUGCAAGUUCCUCCACCUUACUCCAAGGUUCUGGGAAUGGCGUUGCUGCCACUCACCCUCACCUUUUGUCUGGCUCUCCUUGCUCCUCUCCUGCCUUCCAUCUCGGGCCCAAUACCAGCCAGCUGUGUAGCCUGGCCCCGGCUGACUACUCAGCCUGUGCUCGGUCCGGCCUCACCCUCAACCGGUACAGCACAUCCUUGGCCGAGACCUACAACAGGCUCACCAACCAGACCAGCGACACCUUCGCCCCGCCCAGGACUCCCUCCUACGUGGGCGUGAGCAGCAGCGCCUCCGUGAACAUGUCCAUGGGCGGCGCUGACGGGGACACCUUUAGCUGCCCACAGACCAGCCUGUCCAUGCAGAUUUCGGGGAUGUCCCCCCAGCUCCAGUACAUCAUGCCUUCCUCCAGCAAUGCCUUUGCUGCUAACCAGACCCAUCAGGGUUCCUAUAACACCUUCAGGUUACACAGCCCCUGUGCCUUGUAUGGAUAUAACUUCUCCACAUCCCCCAAGCUGGCUGCCAGUCCUGAGAAAAUUGUUUCUUCCCAAGGAAGUUUCUUGGGGUCCUCACCGAGUGGGACCAUGACCGAUCGGCAGAUGUUGCCCCCUGUGGAAGGAGUGCACCUGCUUAGCAGUGGGGGUCAGCAGAGUUUCUUUGACUCUAGGACCCUAGGAAGCUUAACUCUGUCAUCAUCUCAAGUGUCUGCACAUAUGGUCUGA